GCGUUGCUGGAGCGGACGCGCGAAGUGGGGGCGCACUCCUCGGAGCCAGCCCUGCUCGUGAGAUGCGCAGCUGUGACUGCGAGUGAAAGCGGCGCUGGACGCAUCACUCCACCUCCACCUCCACCCCCGCUGGCUGUUUGUACACAGGCUCCGACUGUUUUUACUCAAAGGGAAACUUUUGUGCGUUUCCUCCCCCCCCGUCGGCGCCGUCGCUUCGCACCCGGAUCCCCCCCGCCGGAGAGCGGAGGUGCGUCGUCCGUGCGCAGCGGCGCGACAGUGCGGUGUCCGAUUACGAGCCGUGCGCCGAGGAGCCACCGGCACAGAGCGCUCCUCCGUGGAGGAGAAAUAGCACGCAGGAGCCCGCAGGGGACGAGAGGCGACGCGGCGGAUCUCUGCAGAGAGAGGGAGAGAGAGAGGGGAGUUGGACGGUGCUCGGGUUCCGGCACAGACGCGGCAGAACUGAGGAUAUUUCGUCCAAGUCGUCUUUAUAUUGCGCUUCUGCGUCUUCUCGCCGGGACGAGACACGCAGCUGUGCUCCGUACUAGAUGCACGGGAGUUGGGGACUUUACCUGGUGUGUUUCCCCAAAUGCACUUGGCCCCUGAGGCCUGAGAAGAAGUGAGCCAAGCCCAGGCCCCCAUGGGACGCCCGGUCAUCCAGCAUGCACUGCUGUUGCUGCAGUGCAUGCUGGUCCUGCAGCCUGGAGGCGUGGCCGGUAGGAGAGGACCAGUGCUGCUGCCGGAGUCUCCCUGUCACAGGAUGGAGCAUCCGAUCAUCUCGCACUCAGAGAUGGAGCCGUGGAUGUUCAGGUUCAAGGCAGAAGGAACAGUGGAUUACUCACAGCUGACCUUUGACCCCGGUCAGAACGAACUCAUCGUCGGUGCCAGAAACCACCUCUUCAGGCUCAAUCUAGAGGACCUGACACUGAUCCAGGAGGCUGAGUGGCAUUGCGAUGAGUUCACUAAGGGAGCCUGCUUCAGCCGUGGAAAAUCUGAGGAAGAGUGCCAGAACUACAUCAGGGUGCUGCUGGUGAAUGGGAACAGGCUGUUUACCUGUGGAACCAACGCCUUCACCCCCAUCUGCACCAACCGAACGCUGACUAAUCUGACAGAGAUCCACGAUCAGAUCAGCGGGAUGGCUCGGUGUCCCUACAACCCCCUCCACAACUCCACCGCUCUCAUCACCUCCAGCGGGGAGCUCUACGCCGCCACGGCCAUGGACUUUUCUGGGCGAGACCCAGCCAUCUACCGCAGCCUGGGCGGACUGCCCCCGCUGCGCACCGCCCAGUACAACUCCAAGUGGCUCAAUGAACCGAACUUCGUCUCUUCCUAUGACAUCGGCAACUUCACCUACUUCUUCUUCCGGGAAAACGCGGUGGAGCACGACUGCGGGCGCACGGUGUUCUCGCGCGCCGGCCGCGUCUGCAAGAACGACAUCGGCGGCCGUUUCCUGCUGGAGGACACGUGGACGACCUUCAUGAAGGCCCGGCUGAACUGCUCCCGACCGGGAGAAAUCCCCUUUAACUACAACGAGCUGCAAGGAACCUUUUACCUGCCUGAGCUGGAGCUGCUCUACGGCAUUUUUACUACCAAUGUAAACAGCAUUGCCGCGUCCGCGGUGUGUGCCUUUAAUCUCAGUGCCAUAUCCCAGGUUUUCAAUGGGCCCUUCAAGUACCAGGAGAACUCGCGGUCAGCCUGGUUGCCUUACCCCAACCCCAACCCUGACUUCCAGUGCGGCACCAUCGACUCUGGCUCCUACGUGAACCUGACUGAAAGGAACCUUCAGGACGCGCAGAAAUUCCUGCUAAUGCACGAGGUGGUGCAACCCGUGGUUCCUGUGCCCUACUUCAUGGAGGACAACGUGCGCUUCACUCAUGUGGCAGUGGAUGUGGUGCAAGGGAAGGAUAUGUUGUUCCACAUCAUAUACUUGACUACUGAUUACGGUACUAUCAGGAAAGUGCUCUCCCCCCUCAAUCAGUCCACGGGCAGCUGCCUAUUGGAGGAGAUCGAGCUGUUUCCACCCAGGAAGCGGCAGCCGAUCCGGAGCCUGCUGAUCCUGCACAGCCGCAGCGAGCUGUACGUGGGCGUGAGAGACCAGGUCAUCAAGAUCCCGCUCAAGAGAUGCAACUUCCACAAGAGCCGAGAAGCGUGCGUCGGGGCCCGGGACCCGUACUGUGGCUGGGACCUGCUGCUGAAGAAGUGCACCACUUUGGAGGAAAGCGUCCGAAUGAGCCAAUGGGAGCAGAGCAUCACAAAAUGCCCCAUCCGUAAUGUGACAGUCGAUGGAGGCUUCGGUGCCUGGUCAGGCUGGUCCAUGUGUAGCCAUAACGACGGAGGCAGCGCGGGGUCAUGCCUGUGUCGCACGCGGGCCUGCGAUAGCCCUGCUCCCCAGUGCGGCGGCCAAAGGUGUCACGGCAUCAGCGUGGAGGUCGCCAACUGCUCAAGAAACGGAGCCUGGACCCCCUGGACCGCUUGGUCUCCGUGCAGCACCAGCUGCGGCAUCGGCUUCCAGGUCCGUCAGCGCUCCUGCAGCAACCCGACCCCUCGCCACGGAGGACGAGUGUGUGUGGGCCAGAACCGAGAGGAGAGGUACUGUAACGAGCACCUGCCGUGCCCGCCUCACGUGUACUGGUCGGCCUGGUCGGCGUGGGAACGCUGCACCGUGCCCUGCGGCGGGGGCAUCCAGUCACGACGCAGAACCUGCGAGAACGGCAACGACUGUCCCGGGUGCGGUCAGGAGUACCAGUCGUGCAACACGCUGCCCUGCCCCGACCUGAAGAAGACCACGCCCUGGACGCCGUGGACGCCCGUCAACAUCUCCGACAACGGCGGCCACUACGAGCAGCGCUUCCGCUACACCUGCAAGGCCCGCGUCCCGGACCCCGGGCUGCUGGAGGUGGGCCGGCAGCGCAUCGAGAUGCGCUACUGCUCCAGCGACGGCUCCACGGGCUGCUCCACCGACGGCGAGGUGCUUCGCCUGGGGAGGAUCUCGGGCCACACGGUGAACGGCGGCUGGUCGUCCUGGAGCUCCUGGUCCCAGUGCAGCCGGGACUGCAGCCGGGGAAUCCGCAGUCGCAAGAGGACCUGCAGCAGCCCGGAGCCCAAGUACGGAGGCCAGACCUGCCUGGGGCCGGCACAGGAGUACCAGGAGUGCAACAUCACCCCUUGUCCAGUGGACGGCAGCUGGUCGUGCUGGUCGUCAUGGUCCAAGUGCUCGGUGACGUGUGGAGGCGGUCACUACAUGAGGACACGAACCUGCAGCAACCCCCCGCCGGCCCACGGAGGGGACAUCUGCCUGGGCCUGCACACUGAGGAAGCCCUGUGCAACACACAGGCCUGUCCAGAGAGCUGGUCCAGCUGGUCGGAGUGGUCCCACUGUGACUCCAACGGGGCCCAGCUGCGUGUCCGUCACUGCGACGUCCUGUUUCCCACGGGGAACCAGUGCUCGGGAAACAGCAGCGAGACCCGGCCGUGCUCUGAUUCUAAUUUUAUACCAGAAGUCUCGGUCGCACACUCCAGUCAGGAGGAGAGGCGCUGUGGAGAUUUCAACCUCUUCCACAUGAUCGCCGUGGGCCUCAGCAGCUCCAUCCUCGGCUGCCUGGUGACGCUGCUGGUCUACUCGUACUGCCAGCGCUACCAGCAGCAGGCCCACGACGCCACCGUCAUCCACCCCAUAUCGGCCGCGCCGCUCAACACCAGCAUCACCAACCACAUCAACAAGCUGGACAAGUACGACUCGGUGGAAGCCAUCAAGGCCUUUAACAAAAACAAUUUGAUUCUGGAGGAAAGAAAUAAGUACUUCAACCCACAGCUUGCCGGGAAGACCUACACCAACGCAUACUUCACUGACCUCAACACUUAUGAUGACUAUUAACCCUGGCCGGCAAAACUCCUUCACAUUAAUGUGGACGCCAACCUUAUCAUCCAUUCUGACCGUGUUCUUUGAUUUGUGCUUUGUAUUGCGAUUCGUGACACCAUGCGUGGGGCCUCCCCACUCUCAGACUCUAUGGCAGCUGGUAUGAAAUGAAAACACAGAGACUCGCAGAGUUGCCAACAAAGGGAAACGCCCACUUUCUCUCAGGUGCCUUGAGGUACACGUGGAAAGAUUUCUGAGGGCAAGAAAGAAGUCUUGCCGUGACUCUUAUUGAGAAAUGGACAACUAGAUUUCCCGAUGUGACCAAAACGGGGAAAAAAAAGAACUUUACCCAAACAGACUGUGGGAAAUAUAAUCUCUUUUAUCUUUCCUGUGACGCCUGUAAAACAAACCUGUAUUUGUAAUGAUGAGAAAUAGCCACAAAACUGCUUUGCAUGACUUCAUCUGAUGUGUUUUCUCUGACGCUCUGUUUUGGUUUUGCAUGGUUGAUCGCAUUACAAGGUCUGAGGACUUGGGACAAACAACAUCUUUGCCAGUCUUGACUUUUGGGAGUCAUAAAAGCAAAGGCUGUGGUGAUGCUUGGUGGCUUUUACCAUUUUCCUGCUGCAGCAACCUCCAGAUGGAUCAAUAUCCCCAUCCCCAGUUCUUGAAACAGGAUGUAGAUAUUUGACGUCUGCUGUCAAGUUGGUUAUUUUUUGUUUUCUUCUGUUGUUUUUUUCAGUUUAGGCUCUCGCAGGGUCUUUCGUCUCGCAGUAAUUGAUCAGUGUAAAACUUUUUAUUUUGUUGUUUUCUAAGCUUUUUUUGCUUUUAAAAGGUUACAUGUCUUUUUUGUACAGAAAAAUUAAGUUCAAAGCCUUUGUCUGUAGUUUUUCGAAAUACAUUUAUUCAGUGUUUAAAGAGUUAGACAAUUUCUUUUGAAAAGAAAAAAAAAUCUGUGACUUCUGACAAGUAAUCCGUCUUCAUAUCAGCCUGCAUCAAGUUGAGUCUUUGUCACCGUACUUUUUAUAUUUUUUGUAAAAAAAAUGUAUUUGAAUUUUUGAUAGUGUUCAUUAUUCAUUUGCCUUCUGAGAUCCAUAUGUAUUUCUGAGGCAGGUUGUUGACGGCGUCUACUGUACAGAUGGAGCGUAGCACAUACUAUCCUCCCAAACUCAAACUGGAGUGUUACCCAUAUACUAGAAGAUGAAAUCCAUUCAUCAUCUUAAAAUAUUUUUGUUCAGUGUAAUAACCACAUAUUAGGUUAUUCAGUGGUUCAGUUGCAACUAACUCUUUUUACAUGUUUGCUUGUGUUACUGUGCAUAAAUUAAAAACUUCAUACACUAAA